AUGUCAGACAUGCAGAAUGAUACGAUUCCGAUAACUAUCGAAUUCAGCGGCGGGCUGGAGAUGCUGUUCGCGAACCAAAAGAGACAUACACUUGCAAUGCCCACGCAGGACGAAGCAGGAAAACCAGCAAACAUUGCAUUCCUCGUACGCCAUCUGUGCGACAAGGUCAUGAAGGACCCCAGGAAAGACUUGUUCGUCCUGGAUGGCACUGUACGUCCCGGCAUCUUAGUCCUGAUCAACGAGGCGGAUUGGGAAUUGGAAGGAGAGGACGAGUAUGAACUAGGGAAAAACGACCAUAUCAUGUUUGUGUCUACCUUACAUGGCGGCUAG